AUGUCCUACCCCAACCUAUCUACAAUCCUGGAAGUCUACCCCGAAUGCGAGUACAACUGCUACGGGUACGCUCCAUCCCAAGGGCGCCGCUGCAGAAUGCGAACCAGGAAAGACAACCGAGACAGGGCCUCCUGGCUCCUCAAAGAGGGCACCAGAUUCCUCCAGCACGGCCUACCCGUCGACGGUCUGCUCAUCGAGCUAGCCCCGCUAGUUCUCUGCACACGCUUCCACCAAUACCAGGCAAACGACUUGGUCCGCGACUGGCGGGCUAAGCUGCGGGCGUUCCAGCAGCAGACUCUUCUGGAUUCUAUGUUGAAAUCCCUCCAAGAGCUUGUGGACAGUCGGGCGCGUUCGCUUGCUGCUGGGUCGGCGCGCCAGCGUGUCUCAGGAAGAGGUUUGAGUCCGACACGAUUGGAGAGGUCGGCUGCUAUUGUAACGGAGGAAGAACCGGCCACUAUUGAAAGAGAGGAAGAGGACGAAGAAAGAGGAGAUAGGGCGGACGAACCUGAGCCCCAACCUGAACCUCAACCUUCUCCACGCCGGACAUCUACCGAGCCUUCGUCGCCAGCUGUCCCCAGUGAUGCCAGGGCGCCAACCGUCCCUCAGAGUGAGCCCAGAACAACCACUCGCAAACCGAUUGAAGGAGACUGUGAUAUCUGCAUGUGUCCUCUACGAGAACAAGGCAGUGAUGAAGACGGCGAGGGAUCAGAAGACAGCGAUGAUGACAAUGAUAAUGAUAAUGAUGUUUCCGACACUGCGUCCGACAAUGAGCACGAUGACAACGAAGAAGACAAUCUUGACGACCUUGUAUAUUGCAAAAACCAGUGCGGAAAGAAUUACCACAAAGACUGCAUCGACGUGUGGCUUGCUACUCAGCGUGCAUUUCGAACCCCACGCGGGGAUCGUGUCUGCCCGUCCUGCCCCAACUGUCGAGCAGCGUGGUCAUCCUGA